AUGGAUGAAACUUGUUUCAAUAGACAUGAACAAGAACAAGAAUUGGAAAAUGAUAUCCUUCAUCAAAUCCAAUCAAGAGAAUCCGUAGCUGCUGUUCAAGACGAAAAGAAAAAUGACGUAGCAACUGGUGAAGAAGUAGUUGAUAGUGAUACUGCUGAUUCAAUUGAUCAUUCAAUUCCACUUAGAGGUUACUGGAAGAGAAGACAAUUAAUCGAAAAAGAAUACGGUGACGAUAGAUCAUGGUUAACAAUCUUCUAUAGACCUUUCUUUACCAUUUCUUUCCCAGCUGUUAUUUGGUGUGGUUUCGUUUAUGGAGCUCAAAUGAUGUGGUUAUCAUUGUUAGCAACUACCCAAUCAGAAAUUUACGGUGCUGAACCAUAUAAUUUUUCUGCUGGUGCCACUGGGUUAACUAAUUUUGGUCCUUUAAUUGGUUCUUUCCUUGGUAUGCUUACUGGUCCUUUAGUUGAUUGGUUGACUAUCAAAUUAGCUACAAGAAAUAAAGGGAUUAUGGAACCUGAAUUCAGAAUCUAUGCUAUGAUCUUACCAUUAAUUGCCAAUGCUGUUGGGCUUUUAGCUUAUGGUUUAGGUGCUUGGAAUCAAGUUCAUUGGGCUGUUACUGUUGUUGUUGGUCAAGGUUGUUUAGGUUUUGCUAUGUCCUCAAGUGGAACUAUCUGUUUAACUUAUGUAAUGGAUUGUUAUCCAAAAAUGGCUUCUGAAUGUCUUGUCCUUGUUUUGUUUAUCAGAAAUUUGAUCGGUUGUGGUUUCACUUUUGCCAGUCAACCUUGGUUGGAUAGAGAUGGUUUAAAACUUACUACUUGGUUAUUAUUCAUGUUGAGUAUUGUUAUUAAUGGUUCAACUCUUUUCAUGGUCCUUUUCGGUAAGAAAUUUAGAAAAUGGACUAUGCACAGAUAUUACAAGUACAGUGAUCCUUACUUUGGUGAAUUCUUCAAGACUAAGAAAUAA